AUGGGGUCAAUUCAAGAUAGUUCUCUCUCGAACAACUACCAAAGCGUUACCGUGCAAAUUAAUUUAAAUGAGCAAAUAUUUUUCAAUGCAAGUCACUGUAAUUCGUCCGCUUAUUUAAGAAGACUAAAUGUCGCUUUAAAACUUACUUUUAAUAUUUCCAUUUUUCGGCGUUUAGUUCCUGCCCCUCGAGGUAUUGCUAUGGAGAAACAGCUCACUCACAGUAUAAUAGUGAGUUGGAAACCUCCGGAGUUCUGUGAGGUAACCGCCUAUCAUGUCUACGCGGAUGGACAGUUUCGAACCUCGGUAGGCGGACAUGAGAAAUGCCGAGCUCUUGUUGACAAUGUUGAUGCUUCCAAGCAACAUCGAAUAUCAAUCCGGACAGUGACAGGAUGGGGUCAAUCCAAAGAUGCAGAGUGUACACUUCUGGUUGGUAAGGGAGCUAGUGCUGCGCCAACUCGACUGAAGGCCUCCCAUAUCACUACAAACUCCGCAAAACUCUCUUGGUUGCCUGGAAGUAGCAACUUCUAUCAUGCCGUCUUUCUCAAUGAUCAUGAACUGCGAAUCUGUCCUCCUGGCGUCUACAAGCUCUUUCUCACUGGUAAGUAUACUUUAAUAGCAGCUAGGCUUGGAGCUAUGCCAUGGAAAACUAAUGAUCUUAUGGGUUAG